CAGUCCUUUUUUGACCUGGUGGGGACUCAAACUGGAAACCCUCCAGUUACAAGCCAAGUUCCCUUCCCACUUGGCCAUGGGCUGCCCAUAUGUGGACAUCAUCGUACAGCAGAGGCUUGCGAAGAGGGAAACACAUUAUUACUGCUGUGAUUAGAGUCAGUGGAACGUCCCAUGACUGCCUCCCUGCACACACACACUCUGUCUUACCACCACAGCCUUGUGAUUCUUGUCAGUGCGACUUCAGAGGAGCAGAGUUCAGCUGUGGAGAGCUUGAGUGGGAACAUAGAUGAGGAAGCACAGAGAGGGCGACACUGCCAGCAUCCCUCUCUCCUCUCCUGCAGGGGGCAGCAGCGUGAAGGUCUACCAUGACUUCCAGAAAGUGGCCUUCACAGAGUAUCCUGAGAAUGGCAUUCCCACAGAGAAUGGUUCCCACAGCAGGAGAGAGCACGUCAGCGUCCUCUCUAAACACCAAGAGCAAACGUACAGCAUGAAAGACGACAGUGAGUCCACCUGGAUGAUGGACACGAGCAGCCGGGUCUACUCAGGCCCAGAAGACAUCUCAACGGACCUUCAUGAGACCCUGACAGAUACUUCAACUCUGACCUUUGUGGACGCCCACACCACGGAUGAAUCCACAGAGAACCACAGUCUGCACGGGGUGACGAUGGUUCACCUGAAGGAGUUUGUGCUCAUAGACGACGAUGACGACGGGGACAUGUCCCUGAGAGAGAAGACGGUCACAGACGUGUCCGUCAUGGAUGGGAAAGCUGCCGACCUGGUUCGUGGGAGGCUGUUGUCCACAUCGAGCGGCUCAGUGUCGGACUGUAAGGAGGAAUCUGUGGCCCCUGAAGCCAACUCUACUGAGGCUACUACUAAGACUGCACGAGACGGAAGACGCUGCUGUUACUGCACGCUUUUGUGACCUAGCACCAACCAGAAGUGUGACCUCUUAAGGCAGUCGGUUGCACUGGAUUUUACUGAGGGCUUUCACAGUAAACACUUUGUAAAUCAUUUCGAUUUUACAUCAAAACUCAUUAAAAUAAGUUUGAAUUUGUGGUUGUAGUUUGAUCAAAUGUGGAGAAGUUCCGGGGGGUGAAUACUCAUGCAAAGGCACUGAUAUGUGCUGUGCUUUAUCAUCGAUUGUCCCUUUUAAAUUGGAACAUAAUUUACUCAAUUUACAAUGGAACUAGUGAUUGAGGCCAUUAACUGAGAAGUGAGAAGUAGAAGCCCAUAUACUUCCAUUCAACUGUAGGCUGACUGUCUGCUACUGAGUCCUGUUUUAUGUCUUUCUUUCAAGUGUAUGAAUCUGUAUCAUGUUAUAAAUAAAGAGCUUUUAUAUUUCUAUAGCUGUCCCUUACUCUCCAGGAAAAUGUUUACUGACAUUGAUGUGACUAUUAAUGUGAAUGACCAUUUGUUCCUCCAUGUCUGUGUUUGUGAUUCUUUCUUCCAAACAAACUCUUUCUUUCACAAUCUUUCCAAAGUCCUGAUGCUGAUGCUGGUGACAAAAAGAUGAAGUAUUUCUUUAUUUGUGAAGAAAUGCUCCUCAUGUUCCUCAUCUGGGCACAGGUUACAGCUGAUCAUCUGAGAGUUUAUUCUUGAAGUUUGGCCCUAAUACUUAAUACUUCCAAGGAACUGACUUCUUUUUUGCACCACGUGGAGUCGCCCCCUGCUGGUUAACUGCUGCUUUGCAUCCAUUUAAGUAUUCAUAUAUUAUAUUCAUUUUUUUGAUACUGAAUUAAAAAAAAAAGCAUUUUUCCCGACGAUUUAGUCGGUCAGUCUUGAA